CGGGAUUAAGGAGGGGGUGCAGGAUGCUGAUGCUGAACUGGCCAAGCUGGGAGGAAAGAAGAAAGGGAGGGGAGGGGAGAAUCGAGGACGGCCGGCCUAGCCAGGCCAAGAAUGCAAUUGCCCCGGUGGUGGGAGCUGGGAGACCCUUGUGCUUGGACGGGACAGGGUCGGGGGACACGCAAGAUGAGCCCCGCGACCACUGGCACCUUCUUACUGACAGUGUACACUAUUUUCUCCAGGGUGCACUCUGACCGGAAUGUCUACCCAUCUGCAGGUGUCCUCUUUGUUCAUGUUUUGGAAAGAGAGUAUUUUAAGGGGGAAUUUCCACCUUACCCAAAACCUGGUGAGAUUAGUAAUGAUCCCAUAACAUUUAACACAAAUUUAAUGGGUUACCCAGACCGGCCUGGAUGGCUUCGAUAUAUCCAAAGGACGCCAUAUAGUGAUGGAGUCCUAUAUGGGUCUCCAACAGCUGAAAAUGUGGGGAAACCAACAGUCAUUGAGAUAACUGCCUACAAUAGGCGUACUUUUGAGACUGCAAGGCAUAAUUUGAUAAUUAAUAUAAUGUCAGCAGAAGACUUCCCGUUACCAUACCAAGCAGAAUUCUUCAUUAAAAAUAUGAAUGUAGAAGAAAUGUUGGCCAGCGAGGUUCUUGGAGACUUUCUUGGGGCAGUGAAAAAUGUGUGGCAGCCUGAGCGUCUGAACGCCAUAAACAUCACGUCGGCCCUGGACAGGGGUGGCAGGGUUCCACUUCCCAUUAAUGACAUGAAGGAGGGCGUUUAUGUCAUGGUUGGUGCCGACGUCCCAUUUUCUUCUUGUUUACGAGAAGUUGAAAAUCCACAGAAUCAAUUGAGAUGCAGUCAAGAGAUGGAGCCUGUAAUAACAUGUGAUAAAAAAUUUCGUACUCAAUUUUACAUUGACUGGUGCAAAAUUUCACUGGUUGAUAAAACAAAGCAAGUGUCCACCUAUCAGGAAGUGAUUCGUGGAGAGGGGAUUUUACCUGAUGGUGGAGAGUACAAACCCCCUUCCGAUUCUUUGAAAAGCAGAGACUAUUACACGGAUUUCCUAAUUACACUGGCUGUGCCCUCGGCAGUAGCAUUGGUCCUUUUUCUAAUACUUGCUUAUAUCAUGUGCUGCCGACGGGAAGGAGUGGAAAAGAGAAACAUGCAAACACCAGACAUCCAACUGGUCCAUCAUAGUGCUAUUCAGAAGUCUACCAAAGAACUUCGUGACAUGUCCAAGAAUAGAGAGAUAGCAUGGCCCCUGUCAACACUUCCUGUAUUUCACCCUGUGACUGGGGAAAUCAUACCACCUCUACAUGCAGACAAUUAUGAGAGCACUAACAUGCCAUUGAUGCAAACCCAGCAGAACUUGCCACAUCAGACUCAGAUUCCCCAACAGCAGACUACAGGAGAUUUUCGUUUGACAACUUUUCAAAGAUUUGAGGCAAGUAUAAUGAAGUUGUUCAUCAGAUUUUAGUUACAAGAUAACGUUUGUAAGAAUUUUCCCCCACAAUUUUGAUUGCUUGUUUUAAUUAAAUGCUAACAUGUUUCAACAAGACUGUUCAAUAUAUUGAUGCGGUGGUGCUAUGUGUUUGCCUUCAGGAGAUUGAUGAAGGAAAAAACUGUUGUAAAUUUGUGUUACCUAAAGAGCAAAGAAAUAAAUGAAUCCCUGCUACCACUAAUUUCAUGACUUUUUG